CACCCUUUAUUUAUAUAUAUAUAUACAUACACACAAACAUUUCAUACGUACUGCCAAAGCUAUUAGUAUUAGUAUUUAUUUAUAAGCAUAGACAUUGUCGUCUUUUCCUUUGCUUUCAUUAAGGUCGUCUCUGUUCCGUGUUUCAUUUACUUUGAUUUAAUUUAAUUUCUGCCAAUCAUCAUCAUGAUUUUCCAGCAGCUGGGGUAAUCGAUUCGUUGUCCCAUCUGCUCCGAUCUGAUCUGCUCCAAUAAUUCCACUGUUAAUAUUUAUAUAUAUAUAGAAUACAAUAUUUUUCAGUACGCACGAGGACGAUGACGAUGACGAUGACGAUGACGACGACGACGACGACGUUGGUCUUAUAGAUAUAUAUAUAAAUAAAUCAUCAUCAUCAUCAUCAUCAUCGCAGCAACACGGGCGUGUUUGAGAGAGGAGAGAAUGGGAGUUUUGGGGCUGUUGGAGGUGUCAUCAAUGCCGAUACUGCAGGUGCUCAUAAUAAGCGCAUUGGGAGCUUUGAUGGCUACUGACUAUCUGAAGCUGCUACCUCCCCACGCCCGCCAUUCAUUGAACAAGAUAGUGUUUGUUGUGUUCUCUCCGUCGCUUGUGUUUUCAAGUCUGGCCAAGACUGUUACCAUUCAAGAAAUCAUCUCUUGGUGGUUCAUGCCAGUAAACAUUGGAAUGACAUUUGUGGUUGGAGGGAUACUUGGAUGGAUAGCAGCUAAAUUACUUAGACUUGAGCCUUAUCUCCAAAACCUCGUCAUGGCUAUGUCCGCCUCUGGAAAUCUGGGAAAUAUUAUGCUUAUCAUAAUUCCAGCAAUCUGCAAAGAGGAUGGCAGCCCAUUUGGGGACAAGACUGUAUGCAAGACAGUUGGCCUGUCCUAUGCUUCCUUCUCCAUGGCUCUUGGAGCAUUCUACAUAUGGACAUAUACUUACUACUUGAUGCGGAGCGCCGGUGAGAGCUACGGCAAGUCAUCGUCGGGUCAUAGUCAUAGCGAGGAGGAGCCACCAUUAUUAGCCUGCAAGGAGCCCAACAAGGACGAUUUAGAGGGUAAUGUCAAAACUUAUCUCCUCAAAGCUGGUGGAGAACAACAUCAACACCAACCAGCUCUGGGAUCAUCUGCACCAUGGAAACAAACAAUAUUGGGAAUUUUGAAGCAAUUGUGGAAAGAGCUAAGGGCACCUCCAAUCCUUGCUGCUAUUUUGGGAUUCAUAGUUGGGGCAGUUUCAUGGCUUCGAAACCUUAUUAUAGGCAGCGGAGCCCCUCUCAGAGUGAUUGAUGAUUCCAUUACAUUGCUUGGGGAUGGAGCGAUCCCAUCGGUUACAUUGAUCCUUGGAGGCAACCUAAUACAAGGGAUGAGCAAGAGAAGAGUGAAAGCGUCAACAAUAAUUGCAGUGAUCUGUGUGAGGUAUAUAAUGCUUCCUGCAGCUGGAAUUGGCAUCGUCAAAGCUGCUUCAUAUUUAGGGUUUCUUCCUGCUGAUCCUCUCUACCAUUUUGUUCUCAUGAUUCAGUUCACUCUCCCACCUGCUAUGGCCAUCGGUACCAUGGCACAGCUCUUCGAUAUAGCACAGGAAGAAUGCUCAGUGAUGUUUCUUUGGACUUACUUGGUUGCAGCCUUUGCCCUCACUGGUUGGUCCACUGUUUUCAUGUGGAUCUUGUCCUAACAAUUUAAUUAAACCUUCUCCCAUCCCUCACCCCACCUUUUCAUUUAAACCCACCCACCCACCCACCAAAAUGGAAUUACCACCAUCACUCCAUCCAUUCUUAAUUACCAUGUAUCUUAUUACUCUUUUUUUCAAUUUUAAUAUUUUUUCAAACCUACUUUACCUGCGUUAGCUUCGACGAUUAAAGAAAGUGGAACGUCAAGCUUCGAUUAUAUUAGAAACUGUUUUUUUUUUUUUUUUUCCUCUUUACUUUUCUUCAAGUACGUCAUUAAGCAAGAUUGAGGUAAUAGUUAAUGAAUAAUGAAAUUGUAGUUAUAUUUGCCAAUAUUGUAUGAAGCAGUACUGAGAGAAUGAUUUGUUUGUUCA